AUGCACAAGAAAGAAGUCAAUGGGACCUACUGCUCAGAGAAGGAUGCAAAUACUGAGCUGGACGAUGUCGAGGGCACCCUGAUGCAAUGUGGGCAGAGCUUGCCGCUGCCAACGGGUGGUCAUUCAGAGGGGCUUUACCCCCAGAGCCUCCACUGCAGCAGACCUACACCUGACCUUCUUCUGCAGGACGGGCCUCACCGAGACACCAGAUCCUCCUCUGCCUUCGAGAGGACCCUACCGGGGGCCUCACCCAGGCUGGGCUGUGGUGCCAGCGGGGCUCACUCUUACCCGGUCAAACAGGAGAGUUCAAUGGGCUACAAGAUCUCCAGUGCGGCGUCUCCAUCUCAGGCUGGGUUUCAGGCCCACAGGGCAGGCCAAGUUUUGGAAGUGGCCAGGGAUGAGAUGAUUGGAUCACUGCAUGUUAGCAACAAUGGUAAUGGCGUAUCUGCAGUGAGCGGCGUAGGUAGUGCUGUGCCAGGAGACACAGUACAACCGUUUAAUAAUGAAGAUGGCUCCUCCCCACUGGCUUUGUCUCCAAUUGGCUCCCGUCAUUCAGCGCGGCUGCUCAGUGCUAGCAGUCUGAAGAGACGCUGCCUGUCCCUGGCCUCGCAAACCACCGCCACUGCUGCCACAGGUUCCCCAUCAGCUGUUGGCACUCCUUCUGAGGAGAUCAAUAUCACCGCAAUCAUCUGCUCCUCCUCCCAGAUGUCGAUGGUCGCCUGCGUCAACGGGUUCCGUGCUAACCUCUCACCCAGCCACACCAGCAGCGCCGGCUUCUCUUCCUCCUCCUCCUCCUCUUCUGCUUCCCCACCCUCUAACUCGUGCUCACGGGAAGCCCCCCAGAGGCCCCCACCACACAGCAGCCCCCAGCAGGCCGCACUACAGGAGAGUUGUCAGCUGUCCUCACCUGCCACCUGCCUGCUGUCUCUUUCCUCCUCCUCGUCCUCUUCUUCAGUGUCAUUAGGUGAGCCAGAGCAGGGCCAAGGGCAGAGCCUGGGGCUGUGUGAGGAGCAGAGCUCCAUGCUGCAGGGGCGUGGGGCUGGAGGAACAGCUGAGGGAGGAGUGGGAGGAGGUGGAGGCUCAGACGGGUUGGGGCUACUGAUGAGUGGGGCCCUGAUGAGUGGGGCCCUGAUGUCUGGGACGCUGCAUUCGGGGCCUCAAGGUGGGGGUCUCACAGAUGGGGCCCAAAGAUCUGGUGCUGCCCUCAAGCAGGAACCUCUCGAUGACUUCUCUCCCAGCGAAGACAAACUCUUUCAACACCACUAUCAUCAUCACCAUCACUUGAGUGGGCGCAAUGGGAAUCUUCGUCACGCUCACCACCCACCUCGAUCUGCCAUGCCUCCGCCUUACCACUUGCACCAAUAUGUGGGGCCCACUCCCAACGGUCCGCUACAUCAUCAGAGCCAGCAGACAGCUCCGACCUCUUCCCUGGGACUCAAACCAACCUCUGGAGGUCUUACGGGGACCCAAACAGCCCCUGAGCUAGAAGAAGUCGGAGGAGGAGGAGGAGGAGCACUGGUGGAUAAACAGGUGUGUCGCUGGAUUGACUGCAGUGCUGCUUUUGAGCAGCAGGAGGAGCUUGUGAGACAUAUUGAAAAGGUCCACAUCGAUCAACGCAAAGGUGAGGACUUCACCUGUUUCUGGGCUGGCUGCAUUCGGCGCUACAAGCCCUUCAAUGCACGCUACAAGCUGCUCAUUCACAUGAGGGUCCAUUCUGGAGAGAAACCCAACAAGUGUAUGUUUGAGGGCUGCAACAAAGCCUUUUCUCGUCUGGAGAAUCUGAAGAUCCACCUGAGGAGCCACACAGGAGAGAAGCCGUACCUGUGCCAGCACCCCGGCUGCCAGAAAGCUUUCAGCAACUCCAGCGAUCGAGCCAAGCAUCAGCGCACUCACCUGGACACGAAACCAUAUGCGUGUCAGAUCUCCGGUUGUACCAAGCGCUACACAGAUCCCAGCUCCCUACGCAAACAUGUCAAGAUUCACUCGGCCAAAGAGCAACAGGUGCGUAGAAAGCUUCGGCCCUGCCCUCACCUGGAGCAGGAUGUCCUGAGUGACUGUCUGUCCAUGCAGCACCUCCAGAGCUCCACCUCCACGCAGCACCUCUACAAUGGCAAAGAUGGACGUUCUCCUGCACUGGGCCAAGACAUCUUCACAGGCCUGUACACUGGCUCCGGUACCCCCCAUCAGAGCGCCCCAGUGGAGCUGCUCUCCCCCACCCCCAACUCUGCCUCCACCGCUGACCUGCCAUCCCGACAACACCGACUGGAUCGAGACCUCGGCAGCCCCCACCACCUAUCCCCGCUGGCCGCUAUGGACGGCACAAGAGACGGGGUGUCGAGUUCCCUCCUGUCUCCUGGGAUGAAGGCAGCGGGAACAUCGCCUCCUCCACUGGAGAAACAGCAUGUCCACCCUCACCACAAGCCUUACCCUCACUAUCACCAUCAUCAGUCUGCCAGCGACGAAUACCAAGGCAGCUUCCAGAGCUGCUUCCAUUUUGGAGACUCCUACAGGAUGGAGCAGACAGUCGGUGGCAUCCAUGUCCCGGGAGAUUCUCACACCUACAGUUCCCAUCAGCACAAUGGCUUCCACAUGUCAACAAACAACACUGGCUCUGCAGGCUUCAGCUUGACCCAGGAGCUGCAAGGAGGCACCGGGUGCCAGUUCUCAUCCAGCCCAGAGGACAGCAUUUUCUUCCAGGUGGGCAGCUUUGACCGCAGCUUGAGCCACAUGUCCUCCAUCUACACGGAGACAUAAAGCAACACUGGAGCUGGGCACGCAUCACCACACUACUCUGCAGUCCUUCCUCAUGCGUCCUCACUCACUUACAUCACUUUUUUCUUCGGUUCUGGUUUCAUUUUUACAAAACAGAACAAAGAUCACGUUGUAAGUGGGUUAUUCUGACUUAAGUGCAAGAUGGAAACCAAUAAAAUGAAAAAGUUUAAGGUUAAAUAUAAUAUAAAUGCAACUGUGACACUGAAUGGCAAUUACAUCGCUGGCUAAAUCAGUGGUUCCCAACCUUUUUUCCCUUAUAACUCCUUAAAACAAUAAACUUUCUACUUAUCAUUGCUCACACCCAGCUGCAGCCGCUGGGAUCAGUUUGAGCAAAAACUCUUUUUAUAUAUGCAUUUCUUUUGUGCAACAUAAAUAAUUUCAAAGGUGGAAUUACCAGAAAUGACACCAAAAUAAGCAACAACAAAAAAAAAGCAGACAUCAUUCGAUGUUAUCCCCACUAGGUUUUUUUGUGUCUGAAUAUUCUGAUAAUGGGCCACUCCACCAGUUUUUACACAUGAAAAUCAGUCAGAUGUUUCUGUUUCUAUCACAAGAACUUUCUUCUCAUUGUUCUCUAAUUGGCAUUCAGACAAAAUCUAAAAUCCUGCUGGAUUAAAGGUCCAAAAUACCAGUCUAGGAACUGCUGGGCUUGGAAAAUUUUCAAUAUUUAGGAAUAAAGAUAAAAAAAAAAAAACAUAAGUGCUUGAUGAUGUUGUCGAUGGUACCGUUUUUACUCUUUAAACGACCAAAUGAGUCACAGGAAUUGCAUGAAAUUAAAGAUGAACAAUUUUACAACAUUUGGUCUUUUAGAAGUAAAUGUCAGAAUCACGUUUAUUGGCCGAGACCUCAUCAAUUACAAAGAGUGUUGGUUUGUUUUUUGUUUUUUUACAUUGGUGCUAAAAUUUGGACCCUCACAGCACAAUCGGACUGAGCUUUUACAUCCAGUAUCUCAUUUUAACGCUACGAACCAUGUCCUCUCUCCUCUUUGUGUUUUUUCGCUCUACAUCUUUCAAAAUGUUUUAGACUGAAGUGUAGAGGAGAUAUAUCAUUUUGCUGUGAUGUUUUAUCAGUGGGGAAAAAAGGUUUGCAUUUCUUUUGUUAAGUGUUUUUUUUUUGGCCUUUGGAUUUAUUUCUGGUUUCGGUUCGUUAAUUCUGCAAUAAUGAAGAAAAA